CACACUCUCACUCUCUCUCACAGUCUCUCUGUCUCUCUCUUUCUCUGCCAAACAUUUAAUACAUGUUUUGGUCGUCUCUUUAAAUGCCGUCGAAAUACAACUCUCGACACAACUAUUAAAGCCUACAAUCAAUGCAUCGAUCGCUCACAUCGUGUCCACUAAACCACAGGUCAUUAUUGGUAUCGAUUUGAAGACAUUUUCUCCUCUAAUCCAUUGAAUGCAUGUUAUGUUUGUCAUUGAAUUUGAAGCCAUCAAACACUGAACAAAAUCAUUGAUGAAAAACAUGUAUUUAAAAUUGAUGUCGUUUUCAGCUCAUUGUCUUCACUUAAACACAAUAUUAAGUCAUUUGAGUUGAGAAUUAGUGUUUCAUUUUGCAAAGAAGUGAAACAACUAUUUAAGUAAUUAAUUAAAUUAAUUGAUAUUUAAGUAACGAAAUAGAAAAGUGUCGCUAAAAGAGACGUUAAAACUCAUUAAGUGUUCAAUAAUUGCACAAAAAUAUACCACAAGAAUGUCUUCACAAAUCCAAACCCAACCCCAGACCCAAACCCGAUCGCAAGUGCGCUGUCUUUCGCCGGUAUUUCAAUCGCCAAAAGACGAGUCCAAUCGAAAGCAACUGAAGACCGAAAGAAACUCCGACUGCAAGACGAGGGAUGAGACGAAGAAUGGCUGCAAAGACGAGUCCAAAGAGGGCGAGUCGGCAGACGCGGACGGACCCGCUCGGCGGCUCAGACCCCGCAGGAGUACACCCAAACCGGUGACGCCGUCGCCGAACAAACGCUUCUCUCCCUUCACAGCAAUGAUGAAUCGACUGAAGACAUUGAACAACGGAUCCGAAGUGAAACGAAAACUCCUGUUCAACAAACAAAAGGUCUAUCCGUCGACAUUCAAUUCGGAGGAACCGCUGCCCUGCACUCGAGUGCAUCCUCCGCGCUCUCCCAGCUGUUCCGUUUGCGAAGACAUAUUUGUGUCGCCAUUUGUGCCGAAGAUAUCGACUAAAGAGCUCGAGUCGGACACAGUAUACGGCGCUAACUAUUUGUCCCUCAAAAUCGUGUUCCGGGAAGACAUGGAAGUGAACGAUCAAAAGCUAAUGAAACUGAUCGCCACCGACGCCAACAUCGAUGAUGUCUGUCAGGCGUCCACUUCUAAGUCCAACGGAAUUGUUGUAAAUGAACCAAAGAUUGUGAUCUAUUUGUACGGUUCAUACGUUAACUGUAGAGCAGAGAAAAACAAAGUCAUAAAUAUUGUUAAAUUCAAGACCCAAUCAAAAGUGAAUGACAGCGAAGAGCCCGUCGGCGGAGACUUUGAGUUCGCGAUUGUCGUCCAGUCCUCCACCGAAGACAAAUGGGUUCCCUUUGUGUCGAUUACCAACACAUGGAAAGCGCCCGAAGAUCCCAAAGAGUUAAACAAAACUCUGUUUCAAACCCCACCGCCAGAUAAGCCCAGACCCGAACUCUUCUCGUCCAACACCUCCAAGAAGUGACACCUCUUUGUCUGUGCAUUCGUUUUCAUUUAUUUUGUUGUUUUGAUCUCAUCUAUAAUUGUUUCACA